AUGGCAUUGAAUUUUUCUCAUCGACCCCUCUUUCCUCCUCGUAUAUCUGAGGAUAAUAUGGUUUCACCGAUGAGGAUUUCAAUACAGGAGAAAGUUGAGGAUCAUUUCGAUUAUGGAAGGGAUAGGAGUGGCUCACAGGAGUCUGUGCAUAAGGAUAUUCUUGAUCUUUUGCCAUCGGAUCCCUUUGGCAUGGAUAUAAGUACCACAUUUACUGCUAUUACUGGGUGGCUUGAGGAUUUGGAGGUGGACUAUGGUGCAUAUGGCAGGGAUCAGGUUUCCACGAGUGAUGGGAAUUAUCAGUUGUUUGCUGGCUUGAAUUUUAUUUGGAAUAAUGCCAUGAGGUUUCAAGCAUUUCCUGGGAACAUGGGGUUUGGUUGUAAAUCUAAUGUAGUGGGUGGGUUUGGUGAUGAGUGUCCAGAGGCGAAGGAACUUGGGAAUGCAUCUCCUCAUGAGGCUCUUGGAUCAGAUUGUGACAUGGAGGAUGUUUUGAGUCUGGGGAAUGAAAUCAUAGAUGAUAAAAAUGCUAGGGUUGUGGAUGAGAGCAGUGGAGAAAUUCUAAAGGGUCAUGUGGUUUGUUCUGAUGGAGAUAAAGGAGCUCCUCAUGCAGCCUUUUAUUUUGCUCUUGGUUAUCUGGGUGUGCGGGAUCUUCUUCUUGUUGAAACUGUUUGCAAAUCCUUGCAUACUACCGUUCGUAGUGACCCACUUUUAUGGAGGAGUAUCCACAUAGAUCAACCAUUGAAUGAGAAGAUCACUGAUGAUGUUCUUUUGCAAUUAACUAGUAGGGCUCAAGGCAACUUGCAAUGCUUGAGCCUAGUGGAGUGUCCAAGGGUUACUGAUGAUGGGUUGAAGCAUGUGCUCGAAAAUAAUCCAAGGCUGACCAAGUUGAGUGUCCCUGGAUGUACAAGACUCAGCAUCGAGGGUGUCGUGGCGACCUUAAAGGCUUUCAAGACUAUGGGGGUUCAUGGGGUGAAGCAUUUACGCAUUGGCGGGCUCUAUGGUGUGACGCAGAAGCAUUUUGAAGAGUUGACGUUCUUGUUGGGCCCAGAUAGGCACAUCCAACAGAAUGCUCACAAGCCACAUCUUUAUCACAGAGGAAAUUUUUAUCUGUCAUGUGAGGAUGAUCGUGCAAUUGAUAUUGAAAUAUGCCCAAGAUGCCAGAACCUGAGGCUGCUUUAUGAUUGCCCUGCAGAGGGUUGCCAGAAAAAGAGCAUCCCUCUCAGGCUUGCAGGGCUUGCACCCUUUGCAUUGCACGGUGUGUUCAGUGUGGCCGGUGUAUUAAUGACAGUGAAUACGAGGAAACUUUUUGUCUGGAGUUGCUUUGUUCAGAUUGUUGGAAGCAGCUUGACCCACUCAAAUCUCCUGAGCUCCAAGAAUCUUGCUGCAGCCUUCGUCUUCAUGGCUAGAGACGGAUAUGCCUGCUCCUGCAUUCUGUUGACUAGUCCAGAAUUGGUGAUUGAGAAUCUAAGAAGAAAAUGCGAGGCAGCCUUGUAG